AUGAGUGCUUUUCCUAACCAUUAUCAUGCUAGGCUAGUCGCGGAGAAGGACUCCAAAGCAUGUACGCUAUGUUUUAAGCCAACAACCACGGUGCUAAUAUCACAGAACAAGGUUGACUUCUUUUAUGUUUGCCCUCUGCAUUUGAAGGACGAACAUUUUAGCAGUCCCAUACACCCAGACGAGUACAAGGAGCUCGAAACCAAGAAGGGGGAAUUAGGCAGAAAGAUUGAAGAGUCCCGUAAGCGAGUAGAGAGACUCAAGCCGUAUACAUGGAACUUUUUGAGCAGUAUGCUGGGGAGUAAGAAGGCUGAAGGAACAGAUCAGGAUAAGGAUAAGGAUAAGGAUAAAGAUACAGAAAAGGAUAAAGGCAAAGAAUCAUACGAAUCUGCAAAACAAGAUUUAAAGGGACUAGAAGGGGAAUUGAACGAAAUUAAUAGUGGCAUUAGUAACUAUAAAUUUAAGGAUUAUACACUAAAUAAAGAUAUCUAUCGCAUGCGGACUCAGAACUACGUUCAGUCGAAGGUACGAGCCAAAAAACAACAGGAAAUGCAUAAGCCAGGAUUUUUUCCAUCAACACCACAGCACAAGGUGGAUAGUGCGGACCAGUAG